GACGUGGACUUCGGCGUUGGGGCGUGAUCCACGGACUGCUCGCCUUCUCGAUCGCCAGCUUCGUCAUUGUCAACAUCCUUCGCUGGGAGUAUCGCCGUCUGAAGCUUGUGGAGCUGGCAGUCACACAGGCAUGGCACGAGGCAACGGACACGUUCCGAGAGAACGGCAUAUUGGAUUCCCUUCCAGUGGAUGAGACAUCUUGGAGAUAUCGCAUCUACAAGUCGACUUAUGGACAACUGCCGGACUCUGUGGUCGAUAGUGUAUCCUGGAUCUCGCCAGACUGGAAGUCCAAUGCGUCAGUCUUCGACUACUUCAAGCUGCUGAUCGAUGAAGGCCGAAGGAGCUACUGGACCCGGCAGUGGUAUAUGGGCUUUUUGGCCUGGUCGCUGUACGCUUCUGCCAAAUGUAAGAAUGCCGCGCCUGAUGCAUGUAUACGGUAAGCUGACAGUUUCAGGUGCUGGUCUUGACCUUGGCGCCAGCUUUGCUGCGUCUUGCAUCUUGCUAGCGUACCACUUCAGCUUGGCUGCUGUUCAGGCCCUUUUCAUGGCGCUCAUCCUACUGGUACCUUCGAGCAGAGGGGAAACAAAGCCAAGACGCUUUGUGAAACCAGUCUUGAUCGUAGCAGUCGCUCUCCUCCAGUCAACAGCCCUCGUGGCCCUGCCAUGGAUACUCACGAAGCUCGAGAAUUCUGGAUCCUCCACUCGGGAAGCAUGGCAGAGCACAUUCGCACUCGGCCGAAGUUUGCUGUUAGUCGUCUCCCUGGUAUCGCCAGUGGUUCUCAAUUUUGAUCUGGCUCUGGAGAUGCAUCCUCUUUCAGAAGACCACAUCGAGACCAAACGUCGGGCGAGAGUGGUCGGGUGGUCCUGGGCUAUUGUUGGUAUUUUAUCCUUGCUGCUACAUCUCCACUCCUGGUGGCAGUGCUUUCAAGAGGCGAGUCCAGGCAAUUUGUGGCGGUGGACACACUUAGCUCUGUUGCAGCCGUGGCACGAUGCAAAGUACAACGUGUUCAAGGAUUCGACAUUCCGUGUGUUUGGUAUACUGGGCGACCAUCCGUGGAUCAACGCAUUGGGCUGGGAUGUCAUUUUCUCCACGGCUGGUGUGUGUAUGUUCUCGGUGAUCUGUGAUACCAAUGCGCGGAGCAUGUUGCAGUGCAGUCUCAUGCCCUGGCUGGACGAUGCUCUUGUGGUGGCAGAGCAUGUAGCCGAGGUUGUACGAGAUGCUGCAGACGAAGGAUUUACGAAAGGCAUGGAAGUAAUGAAUCAAGCUCAGGCUUCUGUUACAUCUGGCCUUGUCACAGCUACGCGGAGAGGACUUGACAAAGCCCAGCGGCUGGCCAGUGACUCGAAUCUUGACAUUGCUGAGAGCAUCGAAGGCAAGAUCCGUCGCGUGAAGGAUCUAGUCGAUGCUCAGGGGAGGACUGCCAACGACGACGGGGAAACGCUUCGAAAGUCUCGGGUCCAGCGUGGAAAUGACCGAAGAAUAACUCGAAGCUUUGGAGCUGAGGCCGACGCUGGCCUGAGCCCGAGGCGUAAUUUGCGGUCCACUUCCGCACGUUCGUCGUCGAGGACUCGCGCACGCUCUUCUUCGAGGAAAGGUUCUAAAAGACGGACACGACGAGCGGCUUCGCUCAUGCCUGAUGAGGCAAGCGGAAUUGCAGAGCAAGGAGGUCUGGCGUAUGCCCUUUUCCUUGCGGGUGGCUUAGGGCUCGCCAGUGCCGGAUCGUUCGGUGCCGACCUCAUGUAGAAGAACGUCAGCUAUGCUUUGGAGUUGACUCAGUUCCAGGUGAUAAAUGUUCUCCCGGC